GUCAUGUAUUUUACUCACAUUUCUUUUAUUAAGUUUACUUAUUAAAAUUUGCCUAAAUCUUUUGUGGGAGGGUGUACAAAAAUGUCAAAUUCAAAAAGGGAUGUUCUGAUUUUUAUAUUGUUUUGGAUUAAAUUCAAUUUUUAAAAAAUGAAGAAGAUGCAUAGUAAGAAAUCAUAUAUUUAUGUCAACUGUGAAUACGGAUUCGAGCAUAGUAUAUUGAUUCCUUGUGAGGAUCCAGUUAAUGAAUUAGUAUAUAUUCUAUUAAUUAGACAUAACCUACCCAUUUAUGUAGAAAAGGAAUUAACUGAAGAUAUACAAAAAUUCAUUAAAGAACGUAGUACUGAAUAUUUUAAUGAAGAAACUUCGAAAUUAAUUACUGAUGCAAAAGAAAAUAUAAUUAACCUUGAGGAUAUAACUAAGGAAUGGGAAAACAUAUUAAAAGAAGAAAUGGCAGAAUAUGGAGAAUGUAGAUGUGCCUCAGAUGAUGAAUUGUUUGCUACAGCUUACCACAAAAUGGUACAUUCCCCAGCUUUGGAAACAAUGCUCCAAUUAGAGCAUAUGUACUCUAAAACUGUGAGGCAAAAAACUGAAGAAAAAAAGAGAUUAAUACAGGAAUUAUCGGAACGUCAAAGUUAUGAAAUGAAUAAUGCUGUUGAUAGAUUAGAUAAAGAUAUGACUGAAAGCAAAAUAAAUGAAUUGGUAGCAAGGCAUUAUGAAACUCAUUCCCUACUUCAAGCUAAAUUGAAUAGUGAAUUGGAUACGUUGAAAGAAGCUCAAAGAAGAGAAUAUAGGGAGUGGUUGAUGCAAAUGCUUGAACAGAAACAAACGAAUAGCUCUUUACCUACACCAAAUUCUCCUUUGGUACCACCAGAAAUACUAAUGCCAUGUUACAGAAUAGACAGAGAUAUACAAGAUACUCCAAUAUUAGAAGAAAGUUUCACUAUACAUUUAGGUUCACAACUCAAACAGAUGCACAAUAUCAGAAUUUUAUCAGGAAAUGUAAUGGAUUUGUGUAUAGUAGAGGAUAAUAAACAAUCAACAGAACCAACACCUCAGUUACUCCAAACAGCUCUAGCGCUUUACUCCAAUGAUUUGUCUGGUCUUGUACUGUUAGCAGAUAACAAAAUAGGCUCUAGAUGGACACAAGAAUUCCAAGAGGUUUGUCAGAAAUCUACAGAGUUCCACUUUCCACAUAUUGAAGAUCAAUUAGACAAAAUUUCUAGCAUAGCACAAAAAUAUCUGAAAAGUGACCACAGAUGUGGCAGUCGCAAUGCUAACAGUGAACUUCUGCAGCCUGGCGACUUUUAUAUAACAAGACAUUCUAAUUUAGCACAAGUACAUGUUAUAUUUCAUAUGGUAUCAGAUGAUAGUUUGAGAGGGAACGACAUAAACAGUAGACAUUCUGUUGUACUUGGUUUAAGAAAUAUUCUCAAAACUGCAUGUUCAAAUGAUAUUACUUCACUGACGAUUCCUUUGUUAUUACAGUAUGAAAUGACUGAAGAAAUGACAAUAUCUUGGUGUGAAAAACGUGCUGAAUUAGUUUUCAAAUGUGUGAAAGGUUUUAUGAUAGAGAUGGCUUCGUGGGGUGGAUCAGAUUUAAAAAAUCUACAAUUUAUGGUACCUCAAGGUAUUUCUAAUCAAGUAUUCCAAUCCCUUACAGAGAUGUUGCCUAGAAUUUUCAAAGUAUCUAAUCCAAAAAUAUUACAAUAGAAGUAAUUAAGUAUUAUGUAUUUUAUUUUUAAAUGUGUCUCAUUUAAAAAUGUCCAUCAGAUAAUUUACUUUUUUCGAUAUUAUUUUAUUCAUUUAGAUUUUCUAAGUAUAAUGAGUGUAUAUUGAAAUGAAACUUAUUUAUAAAAUACUUUAUUAUAUUUGUCUUAUCACGGGAACAUAUUUAUAGUUACAUAUUCAGACAUCUAGUAUUUUAAAUUAUUUAUUGAAAAUUCUAGAAGUUUUUUAUUCCUUUUAUUAACUCAUAUAUUUCUAUCUAGUCUAUAAGAUAUCUAGUAGUGUCAAAAUUAGAUUUUCCUGCAUCUAUUGGAACUUAACAAAGACAUUACAACAUAGAGACAUAAAGUUUUAAUCAUAAUUCCCAUAAAAUUCUGGAUUGUUGUUUUAAAAUUAUUAAUGCAGUGGUGGACUUACUAGCAGGCUGUAGCUUAUAGCAACAGUUUUCAAAGGGCAUCCAAUUUUGUUGAAAAUUUUUUUAUUUUUAUAUACAAAAUGGAAAAAAAAUAUUAUUCACGCGGAGUUUUGUAAUUUUCAUUUAAAUAAAAGUAAUUUAAUAAAAUGCAUUUGCAAUAUGCAGUUGAACAUCGUAACUCUGGACUUCUAAAAUAUGGAAUAUCUAAAAUCCGGACUGAUUCGUUGGUAUUGUAGUUUUUAACUUCUGUAUUUGACACUAAACAGAGACACCAUACUAACGAUAGCAUAAAGAAUCAGAAUUUUAUAGAUUUACUAAAGUGCCGCGCGAUAAAUAUUAAAAAAAUAUUCCAGUUAAAGAUCUGAUAUGCAUUUUUUUCCCCUUUCUAGUUAUAAUUUGUUUUUUAUUUGUUGUUUCUUUACUAUUAAUUUUAUUUUAACUGUUGUUUAUGAAGUAUUUAAUCUUAUUAUUAUUUUAUAAGUGUGUUUUUGUGAAUUUGAUUAUAUUUUAUGCAUACCUUUUCAUCUAUUUUCAUUAUUAUGUAAUGUGAUAUGAUUUCUCGUUAGCGCUAUAGAUGAUAAAUAGAUAUUCAGUAGUAACUUAUAAGAAUAUUAUCACAUUGAAAGGAGUGUCUACACCACUGGUUAAAAUAAAAACAUUACAAAUGUUAACAAUUUGGUAUCUUAGUUGAAAUGUUGUCUUUUAAACUAGCCAAGUCCACUCAGUUUUAAAAAAUUAUAUACUACUCUCUUCUUAAAGGAAAUAUAUUGGACAUUUUAAUUAGUGUUGCUUUUUUGAACAUAUUUAUUUAUUUUAAUUGUGUAAUUAAUUGGAGGAUUAUUAAUAAAUGAUAUGCUUAUACAAA